AUGUCUCUAGACCACAGCAAAGCGGACGACCUGUCCGAAAAGGAGCCGCAUUUACCAUCGAGGAGUGAUGGUGGUAGUAAUGAUGUUGCUCCCGAGGAAGAAGAGAGUGACGAUGACAUGGGAGCGCUGGAUGGAAAGCCGAAGAGCUUGAUUGCAAUGGUAAUGCUUGCGUUAUCGUUAGCAGUCUUCCUCUCCGCCCUCGACACCACAAUCGUCACCGUCGCCCUACCCGCCAUCGCCGAACACUUCAACUCCACCGCAUCAUACACCUGGGUGGGCUCCGCGUACCUCCUCGCCAACGCAGCAUCGACGCCCAUCUGGGGCAAGCUGGCUGAUAUUUUCGGACGCAAGCCUAUGCUUCUGCUCGCAAAUGCGCUUUUUAUGAUCGGAUCAUUGGUUUGCGGUCUCUCGAUCAAUGUUGGUAUGUUGAUCACAGCGCGUGCUAUUCAAGGUGCCGCUGGCGGAGGUCUUUUGACGCUGGUUGAUACCAUCAUUGGUGACCUGUUCUCGCUUAGGACGAGGGGCACGUACUUGGGCAUGAUUGGUGGUGUGUGGGCGAUUGCUUGUGCUCUGGGUCCGGUCGUUGGUGGUGCUUUUACGUCUGGUGUGACGUGGAGAUGGUGUUUCUACAUCAACUUGCCGAUUGAUGGCAUUGCAUUCUUCAUCAUCCUCUUCUUCUUGAAGCUGAAGACACCUCGGACGCCCCUCAUCGAGGGCUUGAAGGUCAUCGACUGGGCCGGCAGCUUUUUCAUCAUCGGCGGCACUUUGCUAUUCCUCUUCGGUCUCCAGUACGGCGGGGUCACCUUCCCGUGGGAUUCUGCGACUGUCAUCUGCCUGCUCGUCUUCGGCGUCGUUUGCGUCGUCAUCUUCGGCUUCAUCGAGUGGAAGUUCGCCAGAUUCCCGAUAAUCCCGCUUCGACUGUUCAAGUACCGCAACAACGUCGGUGCUCUGCUGGUGGCCUUCUUCCACUCGUACGUCUUCAUCUCCGCAUUCUACUACCUGCCACUAUACUUCCAGGCAGUCAAGGGAGCGUCGCCAAUCCUGGCAGGUGUAUACAUCCUGCCUGCUGUCUUGAUGACGGGUGUCAGUGCAGCCGCAACUGGAGCAUUCAUCGGAAACACUGGCAACUACCUCAUUCCAAUGUACUUUGGGAUGACCACCAUGGUGCUCGGAUAUGGUCUCUUGAUCAACUUCCAGGCCAGCUCUGGCUGGGCAAAGCUGAUCAUUUACCAACUCGUCGUCGGCAUCGGCAACGGUCCAAACUUCCAGGCUCCGUUGGUCGCACUCCAGACCAAGAUCAAGCAGAGUGAUAUCGCCACUGGCACGGCCACCUUCAACUUCGUGCGCAACAUCGCUACUGCCGUCAGUGUAGUCGUUGGCCAGGUUGUCUACGCAAAUCAGCUCAAACACAUGACCGGUCGUCUAGAGCAGCUCGGUCCGGCUGCCGAGCUCAUCAGCUCUGGAGACGCCGGCGCGAAUGUUGAGAUGAUCAACGCCCUUCCAAGGGACCAAAGAGCCAUUGCUCGAUCGGCCAUUGCAGAUGGGCUUUCGGCGAUGUGGAUCAUGUACACGGCCUUUGCCGCGGCGGGGCUGGUGUGCAUUCUACUUGUCAGCAAGACGGAGCUGACAACCACACAUGAGGUGACAGAGGUCGGUCUAGCUGCGCAGGAGAGGGCUGAAGCCGAGCGCAAGGCAGAGAAGCAGGCGAAGGAUGUAGAGAAGGCUUAG